UCAGAUACUUAGGGUUUGAUGUACUCUUCAAACAUCUGGAGUUAUUUCCUGACAUUCUUUGGUGUUGAUCUGCAUUAUUGGAUUGUUAACAGGGCUUGAAAGUUCCAGGAUUGUGGCGAUUCCUCAUAGUUGAUCAAGCGAUCUCUUAGUUUCUUGCAUUGGUGGUGCUAUUAUUGUGUUAUGGAGAACAAGAUUCAAUUUCAGAAGCUAUGCCAGGUCGAAACAAGGAGAUUGGUUUUGGUGAUGGCAAUACUAGCUUUUGUUGUCAUAGUGAUUCAAUCUUUUGGCCUUCCCUAUGGUAAUGUCUUGUGGUCUCUAUUUCCUGUUGGUAAGAAUUCAGUAUUUGGGAACAGCAGCUUUCCAUCCCAAGACUUUUCCCCUAAGCCUGCUCAAAUUGGGGACACGACCCUAAAUGAAUCCAAUCCAGCUGAUAUAACCACAGUUUUCCAGGUGGCUAAUAAUACUGAGGCUUUGGGUAAGAGGGGACAAACUGAGCAUCAAAAUGUAACAAAAGAAAAGGAUGACGGCCCACAGAAAGAUAUGGAGCUAGAUAAAGCUUCUCACUUAGAUGUAUACCAAAUCACACAUAAUGAAUCUUCAUCUGGGGGAGCUUUAAAUUCGGAUAAAAAUAUCACAUUGCAGCAUGUCAAUGGUACAGGCAAUGAUUCUACACUAACAAAGACAAGGGAACCUGAAAAUUCAUCAGGUGAUGAUGGUCGCAAAGAGGAUAAAACUUUUGUAUCAGAGAAAAGUGGAAGCACAGAUACAGAUUUUGCAUCCCCAUCGCCUGUGUCACCACAAGUAGUUCCUUCAGCUAACACAGCCAUGCCAAAGAGAUUGGAAUCAAAUUCGACAAAUAAUAUCACAUCUGUUAACUCCACGCCUUCAGUUGUCAAACAAGAGACGGAAACACUUUCCAAGAGUGAAAAACCUGAGUUGUCGCAAGAUAGUCGAUCUAAUUUACUCAGUAAUUCUACACCAAUAAAAAAUCCUGUAGCAAAGGUGCCAAAGCACAAGGAGUCACCAACUUCAGUAACAUCAAUAUCUGAAAUGAACCGUUUAUUGUCUCAGAGCCGUACCACUUCCUUUGCCAUGAGACCACGAUGGUCUUCAGUACGAGACCGAGAACUUUUUUCUGCAAGAGUACAAAUUGAGAAUGCUCCGAUCAUCCGGAACGAUCAAAAACUCUAUGCUCCUCUUUUCCGGAACAUUUCUAUGUUUAAAAGGAGUUAUGAACUGAUGGAACGCAUAGCCAAAGUCUAUGUCUACAGGGAAGGAGAAAAGCCAGUCUUCCACCGGCCAGUACUGAAUGGAAUUUAUGCUUCUGAAGGAUGGUUUAUGAAACAUAUGGAGGCAAACAAACAUUUUGUAGUUAAAAAUCCGAAAAAAGCUCACCUGUUUUACUUGCCUUUUAGUGCCCGAUUGCUAGAGGAGACCUUGUAUGUACCAAAUUCACACAGUCAGAAGAACCUAGUCGAAUAUCUGAAAAUUUAUCUGGACGUGAUUGCGGCAAAGUAUCCUUUCUGGAACAGAACCGGUGGCGAUGAUCAUUUUCUUGCUGCUUGCCAUGACUGGGCACCCUAUGAAACAAAGCACCAUAUGGAUGGUUGCAUCAGAGCUCUUUGCAAUGCUGAUGUAACGGAAGGCUUUAAAAUAGGCAAGGACGUGUCACUUCCAGAAACAUAUGUACGGUACCCAAAGGAUCCUAUGAGAGGCGUGGGAGGCAAUCCUCCUUCCAAGCGGCAGAUCCUUGCCUUCUUUGCUGGGAGCAUGCAUGGAUAUGUCCGUCCUAUCCUGUUGCAAUACUGGGAGAACAAAGACCCUGACAUGAAAAUUUUUGGUCCGUUGGACCACGGAUCCAAGAACAAAAUGAAUUACGUCAAGUACAUGAAGAGCAGCAAGUAUUGUAUAUGUGCCAAGGGUUAUGAGGUCAACAGUCCUAGGGUGGUGGAGGCCAUCUUCUACGAAUGCAUCCCUGUGAUUUUGUCUGACAAUUUUGUGCCUCCUUUCUUUGAGGUUUUAAACUGGGAGUCAUUUGCAGUUUUUGUCCAAGAGAAAGAUAUUCCCAAUUUGAAGGAAAUACUGCUUUCAAUCCCGGAGACCCGGCUCCGGCAACUGCAGCUGAGAGUAAAAAAAGUGCAACAGCAUUUUCUUUGGCACAGUAAGCCUGUGAAGUAUGAUCUCUUUCACAUGACCCUUCACUCCAUUUGGUACAACAGAGUUUUUCAAAUAAGAGUGUGAUACGGAGACUUGAUUAGGAACUGAAAGAAUGGGAAGUCGGAAAAGAAAACAGAUGGGUACUGCAACAACCAGAGACAUCAGUCAUGGGAAUCACUGAACACUGUGAGGUGUCUUUUUAGUCUGUACAUUUUUUGUGGUAAGCACGACACAAGUAAACCAGAGGGGAGACCAGUGGAAGAAUGAAGUGCCUGUACAGUGUACAGCAUUUUUGUACAUUUUCCACUUCCCAAGUUUCCACUGAUGAAAG